AUGCCAGCAGGACCAUUCGAUGAACAGGCUGCCAAAGGCCUGUUUGAAUUGAAGCGUCAGUACAAAAAUGCAAAGACAGGGAAGGACCGACGCGAUAUUCAACGCGAGGCACGUCGCAUUAUUCGCCGGGCACGCAUAGAUCCGUCAACGCAAGACGAGAAAACGGUGACACUGCUUCUUAACUGUGCUGCCACAUUCCGUAGCUAUCCACAUUCGGAGGGGAUCAAACUGGCAACCCAGUGGAUGCGCCAGAACAUUGAUGCCCUAUCCCCACAAAAUUUGGCGCUUUUUGCCAAUGCCAUCGGUGCACUCUCGGUGAUAGAUAGCGAUACCAUCUUGCUUCAGGAGGUAUCUCCGGCAGUGCAGUCUGUCUUUACACAGAUGAGUCCUGUAGAAAUGGUAAUGAUUCUGCAGGCCUUCCAGCGUGAAAGGGUCACUGCUAACGCCUCCUUGCAGGAGUCUAUGCUGCAACAGUUAGCGUCCUGUGUGCCGCAGAUGCCUGCACCACAGUUGUCUACGUUGGCAGGUGUCCUGGUGACCGCUCCCCUCCGAAAAAGCGAUGAGGCGGCCUGGCGAGAGCUGACAAACACCGUUUUUUCAAAGGCUGUGUCUGGUGCCGACAAUAUGCAUUCCCGGGAAGUCAUCACGUUACUGAAGGCUGCUCCGUGUUUGUGCGUCCCUGAGGAGCAUAGUCUUCAACUUAUUAAACGAGCUAUAGCGACGGUGGGGUUUCAUACGGAGGAGCAGGUCGGUGAGCUUCUAGAGGCUGUGGCGGGUUACCGCAGUCAAGAGAAGGCACCAGAUGAGGAGUUGCAGAGACAACUUGAUGAAUUGGUCAGUAUUCUUUGGAAGCGACUUGAGAAGGUGGCACCGUAUGCUGAUGUGACAAGUGCGACAUGGAUCAUGCGCCAGGCACGACUGUGUGGCGUGGAAAUUCCCCCUGCCAUCGCAACAGCCUUGUUGGAGGCAGUGUCAAGGGAGUUCCGCUACCACCGCCACACCUUCCGCCGAUGCGCGGCUCUGGCGGAUGCCCUGGCGGAGCAGAAGGUGCCAGCCAAGGCGCUGCUGCAGAUGGUUGGGGACUACUGUGUUGGCAAGCGUCCCCCACGCGAGGAUAGAGACGGCGCCGAUCCAGAAGAAGAAGACGACACACCGAGGGAGGUCCGCAUGGACAUCUACGCACGUUUCCUCGGCGACCUGACGAGGGCGCGUAUUGCACUGGAGAAGGCCCACAGCGCAAACCCUGAAAAUGGGGAGCCGGGUGAAAGCCUGGCUGUUGUCCUCCCACAACGACUGGAGGAAAGUGUUCUCGCUGCUUCGCCACGGGAGGUGUUGAAGUGUGCCCGAUCGAUCUGCGUCUCGCCUACGAGUUGCCGCUUACACAACCAUGCGAAUGAUGAAAAGCUUAUGUCAUUGGUGGAGCAACGCGUCACCAGGGAGCGCGAAAAUUUCCUGAUGGAGGUGCCAAAAGAAACUUUAGAGAGAUUCAUUACUGCUCUGAGCGACGCGCCUCGCGCGCAAAAAAUCGUUGAAACUCUCUCCCGGUGA